AUGUCUUCUCUUGCCAACAAGCCUGUGCUAGAAAAAGUCACCGAGGUCAAUCGCGACAAGCAAAGGGUGCUGGCUAUUGCAUUUCUCUUCGGGGACCGACACAUCAUCGCCUGUUCUCACGGUUGUCUCCAAGUCAUAGAGGCAAAAAGUGGUAAAUUUGUUGGUGAUCCGUGGCAGGAUAAAGAGAGAAGCCAAAUUUGUGCAGUCGACGUAUCACCAGAUGGUGAGCGCGUCGCGACUGGCAGCAAAGAUGGCAAAAUACAGGUGUGGAAGUGGAAUGGAAAAACUGCGGAGAUAAUCGCCCAAUCAGAGAAGCACAGUGCUGCAGCAAAUUGUGUAUGCUGGAGUAGACAUGAUGGUGGCGCUCACAUCGCUAGUGGCUUUGAUGACGGCAGGGUAGCCGUCUGGCCGGUAGCAUCGGGCCUCAAGAACCCCAUGAGUACCGACGAUACCCGCCUCCGAUACAUACACACGAUAAACUAUUCACAUGACGGCACACAACUCCUCGUGAGCGGUUACGACCGCGAAAUUUCGAGAUUGACAAUCGACGAGAAAGCGCAGGAAGUCGAGGUAGAUGAAGUCAUCAAAAUUUGCAACAAUCCUGAACACGUAUCAAGCGCGACAUGGGCCGUGACUACAGAUAGGCAUGCAAUUGUCACUGGCUUAACAGACGGGAAGAUCAAGAUACUUGAACUCCCGGAAGGUCGGCUGCUAGAGCUUGAGGGACCGGGUCACUCCGACCUCGUCUGCGCCGUCGUUCUGCUUCCAGACAAACGUGUACUUGCAAGCGCCUCUUAUGACCGUAGCCUCCGCUUUUGGGAUCUCGGUGCCAAACGACCAAUUGGUCAACCACUCCCGCACUCUGCGGAUCCGACCUGUGUAGCAUUCGCAACCAAUGGAAACUCAGUAGCUACCGGUACUUGCGAUGGCGAGGUCUACCUUUGGGAUAUAGCAGAUUUUCUCUCUAGUGCAAUGCCAACGGAGGAUGUGAAUGGUCAUGACGGAGACGCGACUGUUACUAUUAGGCCUCCCUUUAACCCUGACUCGCCAAUCCCUACUCGCCAACGUAAAACCCAACGACUACACGGUGACCCGAGCUUCCCAGGACGGCCUCUCAACACUCGUAGACCACCGAUAUCAUACGGUCGGGAUUUCUUUGAUGACGUGCGCGCUCCAGUCGUAGAAGUUCCCAGUACUGCCACUCCAAGUGUUAGCAAGCGAUUUUCCUUAUCUCGGACUGUCAAAGUUGUCGCUGUGUCACUUAUGCAACAGGUAUUGAGGGUACCCCAAACACAACCUGACACACCGAUUGAAAUGCUGCUAACGACGACCGCGUCCUCAGGUAGGGUUCAAGAAAGUCGACAAAACCAUAGGCAGUAUCAAGUAGUCAGUAGCGCUCCGCGUGUCGCAUUCGACCAGCAAUCAGGAGCGACAAAUGAACCGACCACACAGGCAGCUGUCCUUGUGCGACGUACUCGCUGGGUCAACGCCUUGUUGCGCAUGGGGUGCAUACCUCAGUACCCCGAGCAGAUGGACUGA